ACACACGGAGCGCGAGUACCUGACCGCCAGUCCGAAACACAGAGCGGAGCCCAGCGGAGCGCUCCAGCCCUCCCAUACACACACACACACACACCCGGUAAAUACAACUACUGAUCCGGAGUAAUCACUACAAUGUGAACGCUCUGCUCUCUCUGUGUUCAGCACUCCGCUUUAUUCGUUCCUUUUCUUUAAAAACAACAAUCAAAAGCUUUUUUUCUGGUUGGACUGUUUCGUGCACGCGGCCCGGGAGCGCGCCUCAACACCUGCGCGAACUAUGUGAAGAUUUUGUGUGACACACCAUUGGCCACAGCGUUCCCCCUCUCAGAGGCAGACAUGAAGUCUGUUCUGGAUGGCGUGGCAGACACCACCUUCAGGACCAUCACCUCCGGGCUCCAGUACCUUGGGUCCAACGAUGCCAGCUACGAUGACCCUACUAUCGAUGCUGACUUCGUCAAAGGUGGAUACUCGUUCCAGAAGCCACCAUCUGCCUUCCGCACCAGCUCCUUCCCGGAAAAAGUUGGCCCAGACGAGGAGCUUAUCCUAAAAGGGAUUCCAUUCUAUCCCACCAAUGGCACGGAUCUGUUUGGCAACCAUACCCUGGUGGAGGAGGGGGACAAUGUGCAGUGUGGUGAGAACUUUAUGGACAUGGAGUGCUUUAUGAUACUGACCCCGAGCCAGCAGCUGGCUGUGGCGGUCAUGUCUCUGACACUGGGCACCUUCACAGUGUUGGAAAACUUAGUUGUGCUGUGUGUAAUCUUGCAGUCCCGCACCCUGCGCUGCAGACCCUCCUACCACUUUAUCGGCAGCCUGGCUGUGGCUGACCUGCUGGGCAGUGUGAUCUUUGUCUACAGCUUCUUGGACUUCCACAUUUUUCAUCGCAAAGACAGCCCUAAUAUAUUCCUCUUCAAGCUGGGAGGUGUCACAGCAUCUUUCACCGCUUCUGUCGGUAGUCUAUUCCUCACGGCCAUCGAUCGAUACAUCUCUAUUCACCGGCCACUGGCUUACCGGCGCAUUGUGACACGUACCAAGGCAGUGAUUGCCUUCUGCAUGAUGUGGGCCAUCUCCAUUAUCAUUGCAGUGAUCCCCCUGCUGGGCUGGAACUGCAGGCGAUUAAAGUCUGUGUGUUCAGACAUCUUUCCAUUAAUCGAUGAGAACUACCUGAUGUUCUGGAUUGGUGUGACUAGCAUCCUAUUGAUCUUCAUCAUCUACGCCUACAUGUACAUCCUGUGGAAGGCCCAUCACCACGCUGUGCGGAUGCUCAGCCGAACCUCGCAGAAAAGUCUGGUGGUCUACUCGGCGGAUGGCACCAAGGUCCAAACCACUCGGCCCGAGCAGGCCCGCAUGGACAUCCGCCUGGCUAAAACACUGGUCCUCAUCCUGGUGGUCCUUGUAAUCUGCUGGGGCCCUGUGUUGGCCAUCAUGGUCUACGACCUCUUCUGGAAGAUGGAUGAUGACAUCAAGACGGUGUUUGCCUUCUGCACAAUGCUCUGCUUGCUCAACUCCACGGUGAACCCCAUCAUCUACGCACUGCGGAGUAAGGACCUCCGCCGGGCCUUCCUGGCCACCUGCCAGGGCUGCAGGAGCAGCAGCAACACACUGCAACUGGACAACAGCUUGGAGUCAGACUGCCAGAACCGCAACCUGCAGAUCCACGCCAAUCGGGCGGCAGAGAGCUGCGUCAAGACCACUGUGAAAAUAGCCAAAGUGACCAUGUCCGUCUCCACUGACACUUCAGCCGAAGCCGUCUGAUGGCUUGAAAAAGGGGAAGGAAUGAUGAAGCCAUGCGCUAAGCUUGCCAUGAGAGUUCGUCUAGUCAUUUUCAAGUUCAACUGUGACUCAACUGUGUCAAACAAGUCAAACAAAGCAGAAUCAGAUGUCUGAAAGAAGACAGUGUUGUAGGAGAGGGUCUAACGCAGCACAUAGGGAGUGGUCCAUUGUUUUCGCCGGGCGGAUCAUGUGUGCCACUGUGGUGUCUUAGUACUCAAGUGCCAAAAUUGUUCUCUGAAAGAGGGCAUCCUUCUCAUUCAUGGCAUCGGUACUCAUGCUGGGAUUCUUACUGUGUUCUUUGUGCCAUUCUUAUCGAUCAUAUCAACCCACUGAGUAUGUGUGGAUGUUGUGAAUGCUCUCAUGAAGGCUUACUAUAUUUUUAUACUUUGAAAUCAGGUUUUUGAACAAUUAUACCUUCUCUCAUGGGGAAAAGGGGCUAUUGAUCUUUUUAGUAUGAAAACGUUUGAGUAUGUGUGUCAAUUUGUAAAUAUGUGUACCAUAUAUAUCCCAUGCAGUCAUGCUAAAAGACAAAAGACAACCUCUCACUGGCUGUGAGAUCAUUUGUCUGGCUCCUCAAAGCAUGUUAGUAAAGGUAGUGAAUCAAGCACUGAACAAUAAUGAACUUUGCCGUUAAUGCUAUUCUCUUGAAAAACAUAACAUGAAAAGUGAGUAUUGAAGUUGAUAUUGUUAAUAAUUGUGUUGAGUCUCGAUUUUCUGUGCAGUUGACUGAGCUCUUUUUGAAGACUCAAGAUAUCCUAGCAUUGGCAUUUGGGUCUUCUCACUCCUUUCUGACUGUUUCUGAGAUUUUGUGAAUGUACUGACUGUUCAAUAAGAUGAGUUCAAUACAUUUUUAUGGUUGCUCUGCACAAUGAUGCGAUGGAUGGUGUGCCAGUCCCUCAGACACAGGUCAAGUUUAGUCCUGGAUGAAGACAAUGGUGAAUUGCCAUUGACAGUAUCCCAUGACUAAGCUUAACCAGUGUCUGGCAAACCAACCCAGUGGGUUAUAUUGCACAUCAGAAGCACAUGACCUGGAGGAUGGCAAUGUCCUCUAGUUAAAAAAAAAGCAUUGGCCGAAGUGUAAAUAUUGAUGUUUAGUAAUCAUGAUCUUAAACUGUGAUGUGAUGUUCUUCUUCUCCUUCCUGUACCGGCGUGUUCAAAAACAGGCUGGUUCCUCCUGCUCCUGUCAUCUUAUGCAUAAUGUUCAGCAGUCUUUCUCAUAAUGCUAAGGACUAGUAUUCAGAAGAAAAAGAUCAAAUGUGCAACAUCUAUGAGAAGCUUGAGCUGCUUCUUGGGAUGAGGAAACUCAAAAGGAUAUGAAGUUGCCUACUGACUGGAAAUUAAAUACAAUGUUUUGUGUAUUGCGGUACAAAUUGUGAUGAAACUGAUCCCAAACUGUUACUAAUAGGAUUUUUACCUCUGUUUUAGCAAUGGCUAUAAACAAAACUUUGUUCAUGUUGUGCUAAAAUCAAAAAAGUGGUGUGCUGGCUGCACCUCUCUGUUGUGUUCAAGUCCUUGGGCUGGUUUCUUAUAUUAAUAUUAAGCCAGUCCUGGAAUACAGGGGAUUUUGACAAGGGAAUGGACGCUAUCCUAACAAUUUGGUGGCUGAAGAGGCUUAAUACAUCUAUAAGACCGACCUGUUUGUACCUUUUCAUUACAUAAAUUCAGAAGAGAACUUGUGGAAAUGUGUUUGUGGUUCGUAGAAUAACAUAUUGUGUGUUAGUUUUCUUAAGAAAUGGAUGAUUCCCCAAAGCAGGGCUAUGUGGGGUAGUAUGGAAUGGGUGUGUUUCACCUGUUAGCACUGCAGAUGCAGAUUAAACCUAGUUACGGAGUCUUAUAGCGGUGAUUUGAAUAGCUUUUAUUCCAGUUUAACCCAUGAAACAGUCUGCUAAGCUUUGUCUUUUCCUCUUUCUCUAAAUGCUUUUGAUUGGGUCGUGUGAACAAGAGUUGCACUGUGCAUAUCUACAUUGUGAGCUGCUUUUCUAGACACUUACGUAAGCCUAGUCUCAGACUACACUGUCAACAGGUGGAUUCCCCACUGAAAACCCCUUCGUAGUCUGGCCCUAGGCUGUGGAAGAAAAGCAGUCCUUUAUUUUCUGUAAAUCUGGAUUUCAGUGUGUUUAGUUCAGAUUCUGAAGGAAAAAAAAAUGCAGUAGUAUUAGUAUUAGCUGAAGUUCGCUGUGAUCUUUAAGCCUCGCUGUUGCCUCUCUGCCGAAAGUCUUAGCUGCUCAUUUCUGCUGUUGUUGUGCGUGGAGUGAAGAUUAAAACACCACUAAAACCUGUCAAGUGGCUUCUGUCCCAAGGUGGCACAUGACUCAAUCGUCUGAAAAUAUUAAAGCUGAAAUCAGUGGCAGCUUGUAAUUUUCUGUAUCGCAGUGUAGUCUGUUUAAACUUUUAAAUAAAGUCACAACUGACCAUCAGA